CUUUAAUUUUAGAUACCUAUUAGCUUCAUUCUCAAGCUCAAUUUUACCCAAUUUUACAAGUCAUCCCAUUAUUAUUAUCUCAUAAUAAUAUCUUAAAUUACUUACUAUAUAUACAUAUUUGCUAAGUUGUAACUUGUAAGAUGUGUAUAUAUAUAUGUAGAGCUAAUAUUAUUAAUUAAUUAUAAUCUUAAGCAAUGAAAUACAAUGAGAUAUCUCAUUUUAGUCACCCACAACACAAGCUCAAACUUGAGUACAUAGAAAUACCCUUUAAGUGUGAUGGGUGUAAGGAAAUAGGCAUAGGAUCUUGCUAUAAAUGCAAUAUAUGUGAAUAUGAUCUUCAUAUGCAUUGUGCUAUUCCUACCCCGGUAAUUUACCACCCCUUUUAUCCUAAAUGCUCCUUCAUCUUCAUGUCGAGGCCACCAGGGAACGUGCCUCGAUAUUGCAAUGCUUGCGAAAGAGGUAUCUCGGGUUUUUUGUAUCAUUGUAAGUCUUGUGGUUUUGAUCUUCAUCCUUGUUGUGCCAAGCUUCCUACCGCGAUAGAUGAUGGAGAGAUUAAGUUGUACCUCUAUAGGAAGGUUAGUGCUUCAUGUCAAAGGUGUGGGAAAAAAGGACGAAGUUGGAGCUACCGAUCAUCAGAUAAAAAGUACAAUCUACACGUAGCUUGUGUCAAGGACAUGCUGAUUGAGAGCUGGCAAGAUUUGUACAAUGGGCUUGGCCUAGGUAGUACGAUUGUUCGCGGUGGUGGGACGGGGAUACCGGAUGUUCCGGGCCUGAAAAGGGCCCUGCUACAAACGCAUAGUCAUAGGUAUACUAACACUAAGAGUAAGGGAUCAAAGGUACAAAAAUGUUGUGAAAUGGCUGGAAUGACAUUGCAGUUCGUUAUCUCAGCUGUUCUUGGGGAUCCUACUUCCCUUAUUGCUGGGGUCAUAGGCUCCAUGAUGUCUAGGUAACAAUAGUACUUGCCAUACUACUCUGUCUUAGUAUACUUAAAUUUGUAACAAGUGUGAGAUUUAUGAGUAAAAUAAGUGAUCGUCUGGUUGACAUGAUGGUACAGUUUGAAUUUCCAAGAAAUAAGAUACACCAUAUAAUUAUA